AUGGUAGGUGCCUGCUACAACUGUAACAAGAGUGGGCAUAUCAUGCGUGACUGCCCAGAGGAGCAGGGAAAUAAGAGCUGUUACCGCUGCAACAAGGAAGGGCACAUUGCACGGGACUGCCCCGAGGAAGCUGUCAAAACUUGCUAUCGUUGUAACAAGGAAGGUCACCUGGCUCGCGAUUGUCCCGACUCCCUGGAGUUUGGUGGUGGGAGAGAGUGUUAUAAUUGUGGAGAGAGUGGUCAUCUGGCCCGAGACUGCCCAAAUAAUACAGAUGGAGGUAGACGUGGUGGUGGAAGGAGAGGCGACAGAAGUAGUGAAACUUGCCACAAGUGUGGUGAAGCUGGUCACUAUGCUAGGGACUGUCCAGAAGCCAAGAAGGAUGUCCAGUGUCGCAAGUGUGAUGGCUUUGGUCACUUUGCUCGUGAAUGCACUGCAGAAGUGUAGAUGGAGGCACAAUGCCUAGGCAACUAGAUGGAAUUGAAACUAAUGUUGAUGGAGUGAUAAGAUAUUUAAGCUAUCUGACCUUGGUAUUUGUUGUUCUGUUGUUACGAAGCUAUUAUACUUUUAUAAGUAUGGUUGAUUUGCAUGUUCAGUCCUUGCAUAGAAUGGGGUGGGUCUCAUUUGCUUGUUUUUAAUUUUAGAAGUAUAUUGUUUUUAAUCCUUUUUGUGCUUGUAUUCAAUCACUCUUUAGAUCAGUUUGUUAGAAAGAAUUAAACAAUAUAUUGCUUAUAUUGUUUAACUAAUAUGAUAUCAUAGUUAUUUAUUUGAGCAAAGAUUGCUUUCAUAUUGCAGCUUGUCAUAAUUUUGUACAGAAUUAUUCAAAUGGCACUUUUUGAAUUUCACUCUUUUUGAUAAAGAGGUGAAAGAUACAGGUAGUAGAAAAAGUCCAGUGUAUCUUCAGGGUGUUAAUUGUAAAGCAUAGAAAAUUAUUUAUUUUGGAACCAUUUUGUUUACCCUCAAUAUAUACACAAUAUCACUAGUUAUAAAUGACAUUUUUUCAGUGUACACUAAGGGUGGGGUUAUUUGUUAUAUGACCACUUUCGUAGCUGUAAAUAUGAAUGAAUGUGAAGUUGAAUUUUGAAUCAAAAUAUAUACUUUCCCCAGUGGCCUAGUAAGUAAAGCAGUACAGUUGGGACUUGGGAUGGAAGGCAGCCUGCAUCACUUCCAUUACAUGCAGUGAAAUGGAAAUGUUUGUUUGCACUGUUGUAAGUUUACAAUAUGCUGUACUAAUUUUGCAGUUGUGAGAAGUAAGUGGUGGGGAAAAAUUCUAAGGCAGCCAUUCUGCAUUUUGCUAAAUGCAUCAUUUUUAUUUGUAAAUUUUUUAUCAAGCCAUUUAAGAUACUAACGUGUAAGUUAUUUAAAGAUUUGUUGCUUUGUGGGGUUGACAUUUCUUAUGAACUAAAAUAGAUUUUCUGGAUAACAUUUAUCUGAUUGAAAAGAGAAAAUAGGAAAAAAAUCUGAAUUUCAAAUGAUUGGUUUACAUUUCUAUAUUGCAUUGAUAAGUAUUGUAACAUCAAAACAGAAAAGAAAGUAUUUGUUUAUGAUAAGUGUCAACAACACAAAUUUAGCCAUUAAGCUUGGAAAGCUGGUGUUUGGAGGUGGCAGUGUAUAAGUAAGGUGAUUUCAGGACCUUCCUCAAGGCUGCCCCAUGGUAUCUUCUUGAUCAGGGCAGAUUUUUCAAAGUUUACAAACCUUUUAAUUUAAAGUGAGAGGAAGAAAUUAGCAUGACGGUUUGACACUUGUUAAGAAUCUAAAUUGUAAGAACCAUGUUGAAGUUGGCAUUUCUUGUGGGAUUCAUUGUUCACCUCAUUUGCAAGACAAACCAUUGAAUGAAAACAUAAUGUCAAACAUUUAAAGCCUUCUUGGGUGCAGAAAGAAACUGCCAAAUUGUCUGAUGCCUGAAAAUUCAUAGCUAACUCAAUGCUUUGACAUGUAUGCUCAGUUGACAAGUGUAAAGAUCUGUGAGCUUUUGAGAAUAUGACUUUGAGAAGGGGAGGAUGAGGGUGUCACAAGUUUGGGGAUGUUAGAGGAAGUAAAGGUAGGCAUAUUUUUUUGUAUGAAGUUUGGUUUAUAUUCAUAAUCAUAAUCCUUAUUUAUUGUACCACCAGCGUUAGCG